AUGAUGCUCGCAGGCGCCGUCAUCGCCUCCCUUGCCGGGCUGGCGAUCGCUUUACCCCAUGGCAAAGUCAAGCGGCAGGUCUCGCAGCUCCGCCCACAAUACGACUUCAUCAUCGCCGGGGGAGGCACAGCCGGCUUGACUGUCGCCGAUCGCCUGACAGAAGCAUUCCCAGAUAAAACGGUCCUGGUCGUCGAGUACGGCGAAAUCGAAUAUGCGGCCGGUCUGUGGGACCCUCCGUCGACAGUCUGGGGCGGGCAGGGCUUCCUUGCCAGCUACUUCAGCUUCCAGUCGCUCCCGACUCCCCACGUCAACAACAGAACAGCCAUUGUGCUGGCCGGCAAGGUUGUAGGGGGAAGCAGCGCUGUGAAUGCCCAGUUCUUUGACCGGCCCUCCCGCUAUGACCUGGAUGCGUGGGCAGCGGCUGCUACCGGUAGUGACGGGAAGAACAAGAACGGAUGGAACUGGGACGGGGUGUUCCCGUUCUUCAAGAAGAGCGUCACCUUCACACCGCCGCCGGCUGAGGUUGCCCAACAGUAUGGGUAUACCUGGGACGAGUCGGCGUAUGGCAACACGACACCCAUCCACGCCAGCUUUCCCCCGUAUCAGUGGGCCGACUACUAUCUCGGGCGAAACGCUUUCACUCAGGCGGGUGUACGAACGCGCCAGGAGUGUGCUGGUGGUGACAAAGACGGCCUCUGCUGGGUGCCGACCUCGCAGCACCCCGUGACGGCCCGUCGUUCGUACGCCGGGCUCGGCCACUACGCCGACGUCAACCUCACACGGCCAAACUAUGACCUGCUUGUCAACCAUCAAGUCACCCGCGUGUUGUACCCCAAUGGCAACACCCGGUCCGGUCCGCCGCGGGUGGAGAUCCGGUCCCUGAGCAACAACACCUUCUUCAACGUCAGGGCCAAGGCGGAGGUCAUUCUUUCGGCAGGGACUUUCCACACGCCAGCCAUCCUUCAGAGAAGCGGCAUUGGCCAUGCCCCAGUCCUCCGCGCUGCCGGGAUCCCGGUGGUGCUGGAUCUCCCUGGUGUUGGGUCAAAUUUGCAGGACCACUCCGGGUCGGGCAUCUCCUGGAACUACACCAAACCCGGCAACUUCACCCCGAUGCCCUCAGACAUGCUAUCCUCCCCCGCCUUCCUCGCCGACGCGGUAGCAGGCUUCAACUCUGUCCCCGCCUACGGCCCUUACACCCUUGCCAACCCCAACAGCGCCAUCUUUGUGCCCCUGCCCAACAUCACCGCCAACUAUACUUCCAUCGUUGACAAACUCCGUACCAUGGCGGCCGCCGACGGAAACGGAACUGUGGCCGCGGCGUCCUAUCUGCCGGACGACUACAGAUCCGACCCGCGCAUGGUCGCGGGGUAUCAGAAGCAGCUGCGCAUCAUAGCCGACUUGCUCGCUAACCCGCGCGCUCCGAGUCAAGAGACGACCUUCCAGACGGGGACUGCUCUGCGGGCGAUUAAUCUUCAUCCGGUGAGUCGUGGGACGGUGCGGUUGAAUCUGACCGAUCUGCUGGCGCAGCCGGUGCUGGUGUAUGGCACGGGGAGUAAUCCGGUCGACUUUGACGUUUAUUUGGCACAAUCAAGAUUUCUCCGCGGCAUGGUCAAGACGGAGGCGUUGCAAGCGUAUGGCGCGGUGGAAGUCACGCCGGGGGAGGGGGUGCAGAGUGAUGAGGAGUUGUUGGAGUAUGUCAAGAGUGGGUUGGUGCAUUCGUUUAUGCAUCCGUGCUGUACGGCGGCGAUGAUGCCGAGGGAGGAGGGGGGUGUGGUCGGGGGGGAUUUGAAGGUGCAUGGUGCGAAGGGGUUGAGGGUGGUGGAUAUGAGCGUGCUGCCGGUGCUGCCGAGUAGUCAUUUGAGUGCGUUGGCUUAUGCGGUGGGGGAGAAGGCCGCUGAUAUCAUCAUCAGAGAAUGGCGUUGA